UACCCACCUGAGAAGAGUCAAGACUCAAGAGUGGUUCUGGCGAAAUACUCCUCCUAAAUCCUCGUCGAAUCGAACGAUACCCACAUCCCUAGUGAGGGUUUCACCAAACGUCAAUCGACUUCUUCAGUAUGUACAACGUCAAAACAAUUAUCAAUUUUCGACAUUCCCAAUAAUUGGAAAAUUCAACGCCGGGAAACUCAACUGAUCUCCUAAGUUUCCGCAAUCAUCUUACAGCGACAAAUGAAAUACUGGGCAUCCCUUCUCCAAACCACUCUCAAAUUCUCCUCAUUAACCCCUUUUCAAUUCCUCCAAAUCCCGAAUAACACCAAAGCCUCCCCGAGAAUCUCCCUGGAGUUCUACAAUUGGGCGAGGAAGAAUUUGCAUUUUGAACCCGACCUUAAGAACCUGUGUAAGCUGAUCCAUUUGCUAUACGGGUCUUGACUGUCCAACCUUGCAAGACCCAUUUUGGGUUCCAUUGUUCAAGCUUACCCGUCGAAUCAAGUGGUGAGUUCUUUGUGUAAAGUUGCUAACUUUGAAACUUGCUCCUUUGUUUUAUGCGCUGUUCUUAAGGGAUAUUGUAAAUAAGGUUUGUAUUUGGAAGCUUUGAGAGUUUAUCUUGAAGGUAAGAAUUUAGGAAUGGUGUAAUAUCUGUACAUGGAUGUAAUGGAUUACUGCAUUUGUUAGAACAUAAGAAUGAGACUAGACUGGCUUGGUGUGUGUGUAUAGUUCUAUGAUUCGAAAUGGGGCAUUCGAGAAUCAGUUUACCUGGCACAUUUUAGGGAGAAUUCUAAUUAAAGAUGGAAAAUUUGAGAGAAUUAGUAAGAUUUUGGAUAUGGGAAUCAAUAGUUCAGUGCUGUUUGAUUUAUUAAUCCAGAACUAUGGUGAAUGAGGGGAUUUUGAUGCUGCAAUUAGUCAUAUAGAUAAGAUGUUUGAUAAAAAGCUUGUUCCAACUCUCGGCAUUUAUAAUUCGAUUCUUGAUGGGGUCUGCAGAUGUGGAGAUACUAAAGUAAUCAAAACGGUUAUUGGAACUAUGAAUGAAAAGGGUUUUGUACCUAUCGAAGUUAGUUCAGGGUAUGAUUCAGUCAUUCAGAAGCUUGCUGAUUUGGGGAAGACCUAUGCUGCAAAAUUUUUUAGAUAGAGCAUCUGCUGAGAAUGUUGUUCUUCAGGAUGCUACAUAUGGAUGUAUGUUAAGAGCAUUAUCCAAUAGCGGUAGAUUGCAGGAUGCUAUUGAAAUACAUCUUAUCAUUUCCGAGAGGAAGAUGGGGGUCAACGAUGUUUGUUACAAUGCCUUCGCCUCUGGUCUCUGCACACAGAAGCCAUCUGGAAAAGUUCAUGAACUGCUAAAAGAUUUGAUAGCAAAGGGAUUUCAUCCUGAUGUAGCAGAGUUAUCAAGAUAUAUAAAGGUUCAGUGUGAAAACCUGAAAUGGAAACAGGCUGAGCAUUCUUUAAAUUAUAUUUUAGAUAAAGGGUUUGUGCCAGAUUAUUUCUGUUGUUGCUCUUUAGUUAAGUACUAUUGCUCCAGUGGACAGGUUGAUUUAGCUAUCAAGUUGCAUAAUAAAAUGAAGCUGUCACAGAGUACUUUAACGUGGAGACAUAUAAUCUACUUCUCCACAAGCUCCUCAAACAAAGAAGGAUCGGUGAUGCUCUUAAUGUGCUUGAGGACAUGUAACAACAACAACAACCCUUUUUUCCACUAGGUGCGGUCGGAUAUAUGGAUCACAUGUCGCCAUCGUGUACGGUCGAUGUAUAACUCAUCGG